GAUACUGAGGUGGUAUUGGAAAUGAUGCCUUCAUUAACAGUUGAAGUUACAUGUGGGACUGAGGGUGAAGAGGGUAUACAGGAGGGUGAUAUUGUCACUGUUCAAGCUUGGGUGACACUCAAGCGUGGCAAUGGCCUCAUCAGUGCUCUACCCCAUGCCCCCUAUUUCCCAUUUCACAAGGAAGAAAAUUUCUGGUUUUUGCUUGCAGAUUCUGUCUCAAAUAAUGUAUGGUUUUCUAAUAAGGUGAGCUUCAUGGAUGAAGCUGCAGCUAUAACUGCAGCAUCUAAGGCAAUUGAGGAAUUAAUGGAGGGUUCAAGAGCAAGUGCUAAAGAUACUACUGCAGCAGUUAGAGAAGCUGUAGAGAAGGUGCGGGGUGGUGCCAGAUUGGUGAUGGGCAAGUUCCAAGCCCCAGCAGAAGGGAGUUACAAUUUAACAUGUUAUUGUUUGUGCGACUCAUGGAUAGGUUGUGACAGAAAGACAAAUUUGAAGGCUAAAAUCCUGAAACGAACACGUGCUGGUACUCGGGGUGGUCUAGUGCCUGAUGAAGGGCCUCUUGCAGAGGAUGGAGUUGAAGAGGAAGAGGAGAAUGAGGAGGAAGAAUACGAUGAUGAUUAUGAGAGUGAAUACAGUGAAGACGAGGAAGAAGAAAAAGAUACAAAAAAGAAGGGCCCUGCAGCGAAUGGCAUCGUGCAUAAGAAAGAGUCAGAUUCCGAAGUUUCAGGCUCGGAUGAGGAGUGAAACAAACAAGUCCAUUUAUUUAAAAGAUUCUGUUUUCACUUCUUUUUUUUUCUUUUUCAAAAAAUUUUAACUUGGUGAACAACUCGGCCAUUACAAUCCCCUUUAUUUUGUAGGGUUUCACAGUUUUGAUACUACUGACCUGGGUUCUUAACCCCAAAAUCUGUUAACUUAAAAGUUUAAUUUUCAAAAUGACUAGUUGGUUAUUCGUUCACAACCAGAUUCCCAUUGUGUUGGGUGGUAUAAACACCUCGACAGGUU